AUGAGAGAGAUCGAAUAUGUACCGAGUCUUACAUCCGCACAAAGCUCAAGUCGGCGGAAUAAUGAAGAUUCAGGUGAUCGGAGUUGGAAAUUGCAUUCAACGAACCAAACCAAGAGAUUUCUAAAAUCGAUGCUACAAAGCUCACGAGAUUUGGAUGGCGAGAAGAUACUAAGCACAACAACAGAUCUAAGAGGGGUGUCGGCAGCUGCGGCGGCGGGAAGGCCGUGGACAGCGGCGAGGAUAGAGAGAAGAGAUAGAAAUCGAGAUCGGGUCGAUUUAUAUGGGGCUGAACACGCGGUGUGGCAUGGGAGUAGCUUGGAGACCGGACCACCUCGCCACCAUUCAUCAUCGGACCACCUCGUUGUUGUCCUAAUACCCGCACUGACCUCCACCGCCAUUAGGUCGCUGGAGAAGCCGCCUGAAAGUUGA